UUUUCGACCGCGACGGGUAAAAAACCACAUGUCUUGCUCGGUAUCCGAGAUUUUAUUAUGAAAUAAUGCUGCAAAGUGCUGUUAAAACAUAAACAAGUGCUUAACGUGUUAACUAGUAACUGAUUACUAUUGCAAUUUGUGACAAUCUGUGCGAAUUAAUUGCAUUCGAGCUUAUUCGUAACCAACAAAAAAAACGUUCGUUCUUACCUACCAGCCCACCAGCGCGUGAGUGAGCGAGCAAGCGAUAGCGAGUGAGUGUGAGUGCGAAGAGUACGAAAACCGCAAAGCAAAGCAUACGAGAAAUAAAAACAACAACAACACAACAGCAGCAACAACACCAACAGCAACGCGACUAACCAACGCAUACGUGAAACGUUAGCAAAGCAAAGAGCAAAUCAAAAAAAAAAAACUCGGUGAAUUGUGUAUCAAUUUUUUUGUUCUUGCUCUCGUGUGUUGUUUUUCGUAUAUAUACAUAUAAUUGUGAUUUAGAUUCGUGUUACUCGUUGCAUACGCUCGUUUUUGUAUUAUUUUGUGUGGCAAGGAAGCACCAAAGAGUUUCCCCAUCCAACAAACCCGCAACGUGCAACGCAGAGGAGGCGCGACAAUCUGGAGUAGCGGCAACUUGAGUUGCCUGCUCGAGCAAGAACAACAACAACCCAACUAGCAAACGAAACAAGGCUAGCGAAGAUGUCAAGCAGCAAGGUGGAUGCCUCAGCUGCCACAGCUGCUGUUGCUGCCCCAACUGCUGCCGCUGCCACCGCCGCCGCUGCUGCUGCUGCUGCCGCUGCCACUGCAUCGUAUGCCAAUGUUGUGCAGAAUUUGGACAGCAAGAAGCAAGCGGCCGUUGACAAUAAGGAGAAUCAACCGAAUUUGAAGACAUUGAAAUCAUGGAGCGAGGAAACUGCUGCAGCCGAAGCUGCCACUGCCGCUGCUGAAGAUGCCCCCAAUGUGGGCGAGAAACGUGCGGCUGCUGGUGGCGAUAACACCGCGGAGAAUUCAUCGGAAAUGGACGAUAACAAUGACUUUUUGCCGGUGCUCUCGCAUCAUCGACGCGAUCGCAAAAAGGCCCGCAAGGAUAAAACGAUCACUGGUCGUGAAUCGUAUCGCGACAAGCAGCAGCAGCAACAACAGCAACAACAACAUCAGCAAUCAGGUGCCGGAAAUGGAGCCAGUGGCUCGGGUCCAGGACAGGGACAAAAGCAACGUCGUGGCGGUGAUGGCGAGGGACGAAAACAAAGCGUUCGUUCGCGUCCCGGCCGCGGCAACAGUCCACGCAAAAAUCCUGCCCCAUCCGGUGGCAACAACAAGAACCACAAGGAACGCAAGUCUGAUGAUACCUCACCCAGCGCCAGUCUCGAGGCAGCCACAAGCAGCGGCAACGAAGCCAAGUCCGACACUGAUCCUCAAUCAGCGGCCCCUGCUGGAGCCUCGACUGCAGCAGCAGCCGGCGGAGCAGCAGCACCGCAGCCAAAGCGCUUUGUAGCAGCGCCACCGCCAAAGGUUAACGCUUGGAAGAUAUCAACAAAACAAGUGGGCAGCCCAAAAGCUGGCACAUCGCCAUUGGACAAACGCGUCUUGCAGCCAAAGACGCAACAACAGCAACAGCAACCUAAACAGACUGUCAGCAACAACAAUAAUAAUCAAAACGCACAGCAUAGCAAUACCAGCAAUCCUAGCAACAAAAAGACACAACAACAACAACAACAGCAGCAGCAGACAGCAACACAGACAGCAAUAAAAGCCACAACUGCCGCAGCAGCAGCAACAGCAGCCACAACAACAGCAGCAGCAGCAACAAAAAGCGACGCCGCUUCAGCAAACGUUGAUGCAACUAAUGCGGAUGCGCUUGCCAGCUCAGUGGUAAAGGACAAAAAGAAGGUCAAUCAAAAGGCCAGCGACUUUAGCAACGUUGGUGAGUGGCCAACGCUUAUUGGCGGCGUUUCGGGCAGUGGCAAAGCCACCGUUAACGAGACCAAGCGCAGCUCGACAAAGAGACAGCCAGCGGCCAAGGGUGCAGCAACUGCAGCAACAGUCGCCACAACAGGAGCAGCAGCAGCAGCAACAGUAGCAGCUUCAGCUAACGAAGUUAGUGCCGAGUCAAACGUUGCAGCCGCAUCAGCAGCAGCAACAACAGUUGCAACUGCCACCAGCAGCAGCAAUAGCAGCAGCAGCAACAACAAUAGCCAAGGCGGCAGCAACGUUGCCACAGCCAGCACGAGUCAUGAUGCCAAAAGCCAGCGAGAAGGCGAGCAAUCUGCUGGCAGCACAACUGUCCCAGCUCCUGGCCCCAUUGCCGGCUCAGCUGCCAUUAACAAGAAGAUACCCAAGCACAAGUGGCGUCCACUGCCAAUCGAUCUGGCCAAGUCUAGCCGCCCCAAGCCCAUUGGCGGUCGCUCCAAUCGUCGCUAUGCCGACGAUGCCUACGACCAGCGUCGUCCGCCGCGCACUUACCACGAGCCACGUGUCGCACGUGGUGCAGGAGGUGCCGGUGGAGAUGCCACCGCAGCCGGUGGAGCAGCCACAGAAUCGUCGCGGCCACAUGGCGGCGGCCGUUAUGCGUACAACACACGCACAUCGGCUGCUGCGUCCGAGCGCGUGGAUUCCUGGCGUAGCAGCGGCCCCAGUGCCGCAGGCUACGAUGACCAGCGCACGGGGGCAGCAGCAGAAGGAGGAAGUGGGGCAACGGGUGCCGGGACAACAGCGUCAGGGGGCGGUGUGCGCGGUCCACGCCGAUUCCGGACGCCGUAUCGCGGCGGUCGGCAAGGGCGCGGUGGAUUCACAAGACCGGGACCAGGUCGUCCAACUAAUCGCAUACCACGCCAUCUGUUAGCUUCCGGCGAGUACGUCAACUAUUUGCCGGCGGACGCAGCCGGCGCAGAUUCAUCGCAAUCCUAUGUGCUCAUGGGCACACACUACUUUGGCAACAUGCCCGCUGCGUACAUUGAAAUGGACGCUGCCAGCGUCAAGGAGGCCAUCAAGAAGCAAGUUGAAUACUAUUUCAGCGCCGAUAAUCUUAAUGGCGACUUCUUUUUGCGACGCAAAAUGGAUCCCGAGGGCUAUAUACCAGUCACACUGAUCGCCUCGUUCCAUCGCGUCUUGGCACUCACCACAGACGUUGCCCUUAUUGUGACCGCCAUCAAGGACUCGGACAAGCUGGAACUGUUCGAGGGCUACAAAGUGCGCACCAAAACGGAGCCCACCAUUUGGCCCAUCAGCGAUGUCACCGAUGAGCAUGGUCACACCUUGGCCGAGCAGCUGCAAUUGCAGCAAAAGGCCAAAGCUGAACAACAGUUGUUGCAACAGCAGCAGCAGCAACAGCAACCGGACCAAGAACAAAAGCCAGAAAAGCAGACUGAAUCGAAAACAACAGAGGCUGUGGCAGCAGCAGUGUCCAAGGAGGAUGAUGUGGAGCAGCAGCAGGCAACGCCACCAGCAGCUAUACUCACCGCUGGCAUGGCAACAAAGCCACUGAGCAGCAUACCUCCGCCGCCGGUGCCAAGGAAUUCACAGAAUCUGGUGCCCAAGAUGUUGCUGGAGAAACAGCAGCGACCAACCAUAUCGGGUAUGAAUCCGGUGAAUGCCAUUAGUGCGCUGACACAGCGUGUGGAGGGACAGAAGGCGGGUGCUGCUGCCGAGCUGGCCGAUCAUCUGAGCGGUCUGGCCGAGAGUGUGAAGCCAAAGAGCAGCUCGACGCCAGAGAAACAACUCAGGGCAGCUCAGGGCGCUGCACCAUCGGGAGGAGGGGCAACUACUAAUAAGGCUGGUGUUGGUGAUGGGGUAGCAGCUGCUUUGGUGGCGGAGCCUGAGGGCAUGUGGAAAGAGGUAAAGAGACGCUCCAAAACAAACGCUUUAAAAGAAAACGCUACUACUAAAUCAAUCAGCAACAACAUCGACAACAACACGUCCACCACGUCAACACAACAACAACAACAACAAACGCUUUCACAAACGCUCAACAAAAAUAACAACAAUAAUAAUAGUAACAACAACAACAACAACAAUGUUAAAAAUGUCAAGUCCAACAACAACACCGUCACCGCAAACGCCACCUCGUCCACAUCCACCACAAAGUCCUCGUCCUCGUCAACCACGAACAAAACCACCACAACCACCUCCACCACGCCCUCGUCCGCAUCUGCAUCAGCAUCCGCAUCCAACGCCUCAUCAACAGCAAUCAUCACGAACAACACGUCCACAACCACCGCAAAUGCCUCUGUCACAAAUGCCACAAACAACAACAACAACAACAAUAAGAACAAUAAUAAGAACUUAAAAUCAUCUGGCAACAACGCUGCUUACACGACCAACUCCCAAUCCUCCUCCAAAACAGCUGCUGCUUCGUCAUCCGCUCAGUGCCAUGCCGAAAAGGAAGAACUAGACUUUCAAUUUGACGAGGAGCUAAUGGACCCCAUACCCGCCACCGGACGCAUCAAUAACUUCACCGAAAACUUCUCCGACGACGAUGAAUCCGAUUACGAAUUCGCCGAUCGUGACAUCAACAAGCUGCUCAUUGUCGCCCAGGUGGGACGAGCCCCCAAGCACGAGGGCUACGAUCGCACCGCUGACUUCACCUCACGCACCAAAAUCACUCAGGAUCUGGAGAACAUUAUCAACGACGGUUUGGCCAACUACGAGGAGGACUUGUGGACCACCACAAACAUUGUGCCCGAUUAUCGCACCGUCAAUGUCAUCUCCCAGGCGGACUUUGAGAAGCUAGCCGGUGGCAAGCGGCCGGGAGCACAGCUCCUGCAACAGCAGCCACCUCCGCCACCGCCCAGUUAUGUCGAUGAUCCCGAGCACGAUGCUGACGAUACGCUUUUGGGUGACACAACACUCAAUUCAACCUUGAAUUCCACAUUGAAAUCACGACGUGCUCGCUUCUAUGCUGCACCCAAUUCACAUUCGAUUGAUCCGCGCACGCCAAGGAAGCGCAAGUUGCGUCACACUGCCAAUCCGCCAGUGGAGGCUCACGUCGGCUGGCUGCUGGAUACGGUGGAGCAUCGUCCGCGCACCACAUCGAUGGGCUCGUCGGCUGGCACCUCGCCAACAACGUCGUCGUAUGGCUCGUUUGGUUCGUCGGUGCCGCAAUCGCUGCCCGUUUUCCAGCAUCCAUCGCAUGCGCUGCUCAAGGAGAACAACUUUACGCAACAGGCGUAUCACAAGUAUCAUUCACGCUGCCUGAAGGAGCGUCGUCGCUUGGGCUAUGGACAAUCGCAGGAGAUGAAUACGUUGUAUCGCUUCUGGUCCUUCUUCCUGCGCGAGAACUUCAACAAGAGCAUGUACAAUGAAUUCCGAACGCUGGCGCUCGACGAUGCGGGCAACGGGUUCCGUUAUGGCCUCGAGUGCCUCUUCCGCUUCUUCUCGUAUGGCUUGGAGAAAAAGUUCCGACCCAAUGUGUAUCAGGACUUCCAGGACGAGACCAUUAACGACUACGAAACAGGUCAAUUGUAUGGCCUCGAGAAGUUCUGGGCCUUCCUCAAGUACUACAAGAACGGUGAGAAAUUGGAGGUGCAACCCAAGUUGGCCGAAUAUCUGAAGAGCUUCAAGAACAUUGAAGACUUCCGCGUUGUGGAGCCCGAGAUCAAUGAGAUGCUCCAGGGUGUUGGCAGCCUGAAUCCAGGUCGUGUUCUCAACAGACAUCGCAGUGUGUCCGAGAGCGAUGGCACCGCUGUCAUCACCUCUGGUGGUCGUCGUCUUAACACCACAAUCACCAAUCGCAGCGAUUACGUGGGUCGUCUCCUACAGCAGCAACAGCAACAGCAGCAACAACAACAGCAGCAGCAGCAACACUAUCAGCAUCAAUACGGCGGCUAUCAGCAACAGAAUCGUCGUCGCACUGGCUCCUUUGGCAGCAGCACAGUACGCAUACGCAGUGGUUCCCUCGGCAAUAAGCCACAGGUGGCCAAUCGCAAUUAUCAGCAGGGAUCACAGCAUGAGUUGCGCCGCGGCGGCAGCAACUCUGGCCUGGCGCCACACAAGCGUCAGCAGCAGCAGCAACAGCAGCACAAAGGCAAGCCACAGCCGGCGGCUCAAAUUGGAGCGCAGCUAAGUGCAGCACGUGCCUCCAACUCGGCGGCAGUCACAGCAGCAGCUUCGACAUCAGCAGCAGGAGCAGCAUCGACAUCAGCGGCAGCAGCAACAACAACAGCAACAUCGUCGUCGUCGCAACAGAAGUAAUUUUGUUAACGCAACCAGAAGAUUGGUUUUAGAUUACUUUAUAUGACUCUUACGAUUAGCAUAGGGCGAUUUGGAGUAGCAUGUCCAAUAGCUCUUCUCUCUUUUGUUUAUUCAUAUUAUUCUUUAGUAGUAUUCGAGUCAAGCGAUAUGUGGGGAGAUCCGUUAGCGUUAGCCUAAUUAAGUUAAUAUUUUGAAAUUUUGUUUAUAUAUUGCAAUUGCCCCUAGCGUUGGUUUUGUAGUUACGAUUAAUUGUUUCCGUUGUUUUUCUCCUCGACUUCUUUUACUUUAUUAUUUCACUUUCACUUAAAAAUCUAACUGAAAACAAUUUCUUAUGAAAUGCUCAAUGUUGUUAGCACACACACAAAAACCACAAGCAGCUCAGAACAGCAGCAACAACAACAUCCCAAACUAUAUAGGCAGACUAUGGGUCUGUACCCAGUGCCAAUUCAUUCGAUUCAGUUACAUUUUGUCUGCUUUCAAAUAUUAUAUUAAUAUUAUUUUGCUAUUUAUCCGAAUAUAUUUUAUAUAUUUUCUAUACAACAACAUUAACAACAACAAAAAGAAUGAAACAAGAAGCAAAUUUCCUAUAAUAAAGCAGCGUCAAUAAUUGAACGUAAUGCCAUGAACUGUUGUACUAUAUACAUAACGAUAACAUACAUAAACAUAUAACGAUAACGAUAAACAUAAAGAUAAAGAUAACGAUUUAAAAAUAACCCUAUUAUAAUUACAACCAAAACGACAAGGUAAACGAAAUUAAUAUACAGAAACCAAAUGAUCUUUUGUACAUUAAAUGCAAGCGCAAAAGUACAUUCAAUCUAUAUAUACAUAUAUUCAUAUAUAGAGACAUAUAUACAUAUACGUAUAUCCACUUAUAUAUAUAUAUAUAUAUCGUGUGUGGCAUUGGCGCAAUUGUAAUGUUAUGUUAUUUAAGAGAGGCAGGCGAUUGUUAAAACCUUAUAACCUAGAUCGAGGCAUGCGGCGCGCCAACUGUCAGCGAAUUUUAUUUUUAAGCAUUUACAAUUUGAAACGAAAUGCAAAAACUCAAAAACAUUGAAGCAAAAAGAAAAACACACAAUUGCUAUGAAUAUGACAUCCAUUGACAAUUUUUCAAAAUGGGCGUCUGUACUUUUCCUUAGCAUUGCACACUGCCUCACUUUUUCAACCCCCCUCCCCUCUUGGCCAGCCCAGCCCAGCCCACAUAAUAAACUCCUCCGAGCCCAGUUCAAUUGGCUAACCGAUUCAGCAGCAUUUAACAAACAAGUUCAUGUCCAAAAUCGAAAAUCCUUUAUUUUAUUCUUAAGUUAUUGCACUUGUUACAUUAAUUUGAAAUACAAGAAAAAUUCUGGAAAAAAAAACUAUUAAAACUAUUUGAAAAAAAAAA